AUGGACCUCCGCCGCCUCGGCUCAUCGCGCGAUGAAGCCGAGCAGAAACUGGCCACGAUCAAGAGAACUCUGGAAGAGGUCCGUCGUGAACCCGAAGGCGUCUCAUACCUAGAAUGCUUUCGGAAGUCCAAUCUACGACGCACCACUAUUGCCGUUUUCCUUCUGUGCAUGCUCUCUGCGGCGGGUGCUUCCUUCGCGGCCUCAUACUCUACCUACUACGCCCAAACAGUAGUCUAUAAUACGGAAAUGUCCUUCAAGAUCCAGAUCAUUCAACAGGUCCUGUCCCUGAUAGGCAACGUCAUCUCGUGGUGGUUGAUUGACAGAGAUCAAAGUAUCACUAGCAGAUAA